AUGUUCCCGACUGAAGAAAACAUCUUUGUGAUCAUAAUAACUGGAGAAUUCAUAAUAGGGAUGCUGGGGAAUGGAUACAUUGGUUUAGUUAACUGGCUUGACUGGAUUAAGAAGAAAAAGAUCUCCUCGACUGACCUCAUCCUCACUAAUUUAGCUAUUUCCAGAAUUUGUUUGAUCACUGUAAUGGUUCUAUAUGGGAUAAUAAUAGUACUUUACUCAGAUGUUUAUGCAACUAGUAAACUAAUUGUAAUCAUUUUUACCUUCUGGACAUUCUUCAACUACUUAAGCAUAUGGUUUUCCACUUGUCUCAAUGUCUUCUAUUUUCUCAAGAUAGCCAGUCUCUCCCACCCUCUUUUUCUCUGGCUGAAGUGGAGGAUUGACCGGGUGGUUCGCUGGAUCCUGCUGGGAUGCUUUGCCAUCUCCUUACUGGUCAGCCUUAUGACAGCAUUGGAAUUGAGUCAUGACUAUAAGUUUUAUAAAAGUGCACAGCAUAAAAGAAACGUCACUGAAAUGUCCCACGUGAGUAGAACUCCAUACUUCAACCCAGUGAUUCUCUCUGACCAGCUUACAGUUGUCCCAUUUGUCGUGUCACUGAUUUCAUUUUUGCUUUUAGUAAGGUCCCUGUGGAGACAUACUGAGCAAAUGAAACUCCAUGCUACCGGCUGUAGAGACCCCAGCAAAGAGGCCCAUGUCAGAGCCAUAAAAAUUGUGACUUCAUUUCUCUUCUUCUUUUUGUACUAUGUGCUUUCUCUUGUGGUGAACUUUAGCUAUCUUAUGACAGAACAAAAGUUAGUUGUGAUGUUUAGUGAGAUUGUAUUAAUUCUCUACCCCUUGGGUCACUCACUGAUUUUAAUCAUUAUAAAUAACAAACUGAGGCAGGCAUCUGUCCGAAUGCUGAUGUGUACAAAAAUAGCCUGCACGAUAUAA